AUGAGCUCCUCUAUGGGAGACGAUGCGUAUACAGAGAUGGAAGAAAAGAAAACUGUAGUAUCGAAUGAUUCUGAUUUUUCUUUUGACGUGGAAGGUACAAAGAGAUCAGAGCCCAAGUUUGACGCUGAAAUUCGCAAUCCACUGGUGGGCUUGGCUCACGAGGAAAUAGAGCGCCGAGUUUACUACUUCGUGAAGGAAAAAGGACUAGAGGAACACCAGGACAUUUUUCUUAAAGGAGCUCUUUGCGCGCAGGUUCAAGAAUCGGGGGACUACAGUGCUAUCAAGACAUUGACUGAAGAAGAACAUCGCCUCCUCAGGCAAGAGUGCGAGCGCAAAUGGCGACAACCAUUUUUGCUUUAUUUUCUAGCCAUCUGCUGUAGUAUUGCUGCAGCUGUACAAGGCGCCGAUGAAUCUGUAAUCAAUGGAGCUCUGCUUUAUUUUCCGUCACAGUUUGGUUUGUUCACGGGCUACUGUGAUUAUUAUACCAAGGAUCCUCAUACUGGUGCGUGCAAUGAACAGCUACUUCCACACGUGAAUCCAUCGUGGACGCGCCAAGAUGUAACAAAUGACAUAAGUAAGAACAAUUGGUUACUUGGUCUUGUUUCUUCCGCUCCGUACCUAUGCUGUGCCGUGCUUGGUUGCUGGGUCUCGAGCCCUAUGAACAAGAUUUUUGGGCGACGUGGAGCAACUUUUGUUUCUUCAUUGAUUAGUUUUGCGACAUGCAUUUGGCAAGCUGUAACAAACAACUGGUGGCACCUGUUCUUGGCACGAUUUAUCAUGGGUUUUGGCAUUGGGCCUAAAUCAGCGACGGUCCCCGUGUAUGCAGCUGAAUGCGCGCCACCUCUGAUUCGUGGAGCUCUUGUGAUGCAGUGGCAGACGUGGACGGCAUUUGGUGUUAUGCUUGGCAAUGCUUUUGGGUUAAUGUUUUAUCAAGUGAAAGACACUACAUCUAUCCACGGUCUGAACUGGCGUCUGAUGUUAGGAAGUGCCUGUAUCCCUGCGAUAUUUGUCAUGGCACAAAUAUACUUGUGCCCCGAAUCUCCAAGAUGGCUUAUGAAGCAAGGUCUUUAUAAAAAGGCAUUUGCUUCCAUGCAUCGCCUACGCAAUACACCUCUGCUUGCAGCCCGGGAUUUGUUCUUGGCUCAUUGUCUGAUUGAACUUGAGCAUGAGUCGGGAGAAGUGAAAGGUCAUCAUCCUGUUUGGCAGCUUUUUUCCGUACCGCGAAUUGCGCGAGCAACAUGGGCAAGCACCAUUGUCAUGUUUGGACAGCAAUUCUGUGGUGUUAAUGUUAUUACUUUCUACUCAAGUACGAUUAUUCAGGAAGCAAACAACAAUUCCAUCAGAGAUGCAUUAUUAGGCAGCUGGGGAUUCGGCUUUGUCGCAUUUGUUUUCACUAUUCCAGCGUGGUAUUCUAUUGAUAUAUGGGGUCGGCGUACUCUGCUCUUGUUUACAUUGCCGUUUCUUGCCAUAUUUCUUCUCAUCACUGGGUUCUCUUUUUGGAUUGAUCAUGCCAAAACAAACACUCGACUCGGUGUAGUUCUGAUGGGUAUAUACGUAUACGCCGCAUUUUACGGUAUGGGAAUGGGGCCGGUACCAUUCACGUACAGUGCAGAAGCAUUUCCCAUUCAUGUGCGUGAUGUGGCCAUGUCUUACGCUACCGCCGUGCUUUGGUUUUUUAAUUUCAUCUUAUCAAUCACAUGGUUUCGCAUGAAGGAGGCAUUCACAGCUCAGGGAUCAUUUGGCUGGUACGCGGCAUGGUGUAUCAUUUUAUGGCUUCUUGUCUCGCUGUUUGUACCUGAAACCAAAGGUUUGACAUUGGAGGAAUUGGAUAGUGUCUUCAGUGUACCCUUAGGGAAGCAGGUCAAAAAUCACAUUCGCAUGGUAUGGUAUAAGGGAAGCAGAGUGAUGAAAGGGUCUUGA